AUAUACUUCUGAACUUGGAUCUUGUGAAUUGACGUCACGAUGAAGCUGUCUCCACGGGAACGGGAGAGCCUGCUGGUAUUCCAGGUUGGAUCUCUGGCCCAGAAACGUCUCGCCCGGGGGGUCAGACUCAAUCAUCCAGAGGCGGUGGCCCUUAUUGCGUCACAGAUCCAGGAGAUGAUUAGAGAUGGUCAUUCUGUAUCCGAACUAAUGGCUAAAGGAAGGGAGCUUCUAGGUUACAGACAAGUGUUACCGGGUGUAGCAAGCAUGAUAGGAGAUGUGCAAGUGGAGGGAACCUUCCAUGAUGGAACAAAAUUGGUGACAGUCCACAAGCCGAUUUGUCGACAAGAUGGUGACCUUGAACUUGCUUUAUAUGGAAGUUUUCUCCCAGUUCCCAGUAUGGAUUUGUUCGAUAAAAAUCUUCCGAAAGACGAGGCCUCCGACCAUUCUGUUGAUGCGCCCAUUAAUGUUGUUCCUGGCGAAAUGUUUGUUCCUGCUGGCGACCUUGAACUCAAUAAAGGUCGUAAGACUGUGACAAUCAAGGUAACCAGUACCUGUGACAGACCAAUUCAGGUUGGUAGUCAUUAUCACUUCCUUGAGGUUAACAAGGACUUGGCGUUUGACCGAGGGGCUGCGUACGGAAUGAGGCUGAACAUCCCAGCCGGAAAUGCAGUCCGAUUUGAGCCUGGUGAAACCAAGUCUGUCAAUCUGGUACAGGUCGGAGGUGAACAAGUAUUAAGAGGAGGUAAUGCUCUCUGUGAUGGUCCAAUGGACCCAGCUAAACUGAAGUGUAUUCUGAAGAAAGUACAAGAAGGACAAUUCCAACAUCUGCCCCAGCCUGAUGCCAAGUCGUCAACAAAGAAAUGCGUUAUACCUAGACAACAGUAUGCGUACAUCUAUGGACCUACAGUUGGAGAUAAGAUACGGCUGGGUGACACAAGCUUGAUAAUUGAGGUUGAGAAGGACUACACAGUGUACGGAGAGGAGCUAAAGUUUGGGGGAGGAAAGGUUAUGAGGGAGGGGAUGGGCCAGGCCGCUAACCGACCAAACAGGAGCUGGGAUGUCCUGGACACCGUAAUUACUAACGCUCUCAUUCUAGACGCUGUCACUGGAAUCGUAAAGGCGGAUGUCGGGAUCAAGGAUGGGAGGAUAGCAGGGAUUGGAAAGGCUGGAAAUCCGGAUAUAAUGGACGGGAUUACACCGGGCCUUGUAGUAGGUGCGGGGACUGAGGCUAUCGCUGGGGAGGGACUUAUUCUAACAGCUGGGGCACUCGACGCCCACGUCCAUUUUAUCUGCCCACAGCUGGUGCGAGAGGCAGUGGCCUCUGGGGUCACCACAAUGUUUGGCGGGGGCACCGGUCCAGCUACUGGUUCUAAUGCUACCACAUGUACCCCUGGACCUAACCAUAUCAGAGAUAUGCUGCAAAGCACGGAUGCCUUCCCGCUUAAUUUUGGAUUUACAGGGAAAGGUAACUCUUCUUUCUCUGGAGGUAUUGCCGCUGAUAUUGAGGAGCAGGUGAUUGCUGGAGCUCUAGGAUUGAAACUUCACGAGGAUUGGGGAACCACACCUUCAGCCAUUGACACCUGUUUAAGAGUUGCGGAUAAGUACGAUGUGCAGGUGACAAUCCACACAGACACACUGAAUGAAUCGUCAUGUGUUGAGCAGACCAUUAAGGCAUUUAAGGGUCGGACAAUCCACACGUACCACUCGGAGGGGGCAGGAGGAGGACACGCUCCUGAUAUUAUACGGGUGUGUGGAGAGAAGAAUGUCCUGCCAUCCUCCACGAACCCCACGCGACCCUACACUGCCAACACCAUUGAUGAACACCUGGACAUGCUCAUGGUCUGCCACCAUCUUGACAAAAAUAUCAAGGAAGAUGUGGCUUUCGCUGAAUCCCGUAUACGUGCCGAGACUAUCGCCGCCGAAGACAUCCUGCACGAUAUGGGGGCUAUAAGUAUCAUGGCUUCUGACUCACAGGCGAUGGGCCGGGUAGGUGAAACGAUCUGUAGAACCUGGCAAACAGCUGACAAAAUGAAGCUCUUCAGAGGAAGACUAAAGGAAGAAAAGGGUGAAAACGACAAUCUCCGAGCAAAACGAUUUAUUGCCAAAUACACCAUCAACCCUGCCCUGGCCCAUGGAAUGGCUCAUCUGAUUGGUUCAAUAGAGAACAAGAAAAUGGCUGAUCUUGUCCUGUGGAACCCAGAGUUCUUUGGGGCCAAGCCUGAAAUCAUUAUAAAAGGGGGCCAGAUUGCUUGGGCUCAGAUGGGGAUGCCAAAUGCAUCGAUUCCUACCCCGGAGCCCAAGAUGCAAAGGAAGAUGUUUGGGGCAUACGGCAAGGCAGUAGGGACACAUUCCGUGGUGUUUGUGUCACAGGCAGCAGUUGACAAGGGUGUAGUGAAGGGAUAUGGCCUGAGUAAAGGCAUUGAGGCUGUGCGAAGGUGUCGAGAUAUCAGCAAGGACGACAUGAUCCUGAACAAUUAUCUCCCCUUAAUAACAGUUGACCCAUGUUCCUACAAGGUGACUGUCAAGAGUUCAGACGACGACGAGACACCCGUCCACUUGACCUGUCCUCCCGCGCGCAGACUCGCACUGGCUCAGAGAUACUUUCUGUUUUAGUACGCUACACACUCUCUCUCUAUCAAUGAUCCUGCUCAGCAGGAGAAAAAACAUUGCACAUGUUUAAUGUCAACUGAGUCAAACAAGUAUAAAUCUCAUAGAAUGUAUCAUGAGUGGAAUAGGUGAAUUAAAUUAGAACGAUUCUAGUCCCAUUGAGGGGUAUCAGCAAAUCAUAUCAACUAUUAUUCAGGGACAUGUUUUCUUAUUCGGAAUCGUACCACUAGGAAACAAUAUCGGCACUCCCAGGGCCAAAGCUAGUUGUAUAUUAUGUAAAGUAAAAGAAGUAGUUAAAUUAAUUUUGAUUUUAUUCGACCUUUAAACAAAAAAAGGUCAAAUGGUCAGUUCAGCCAAAGGGGAAAUGAUGUUAAGCUUUAAAUAUAGUUUUACAGUUCUAGAAUCGAGUCGGUAUUGUAGUAUAUGGAUGUUCGUUAAAGUUUUUAAAGUUCAUGAAGGGGACACCGUAAUGGACUACACAUAGGGUGUCAAGUUAAAGUUGUUACUGUUCAUUUGGGGACAUCGUAACGGACUACACAUAGGGUGUCAAGUUAAAGUAGUUACUGUUCAUGAAGGGGACAUCGUAAUGGACUUCACAUAGGGUGUCAAGUU